AAUAAAUUAGUUUACCAAUUGAAAGCGUUUAGAGAACACUUCAUAUUAUUAUUAAAACUUAUUUCCCAUUUUAAACGCCACUUAUAUUUAAAUUUAGAAAAAAUGUUGCAAAAUGAUGCGGUACGCAAUUUACAAUAUGACAGUGAAAUACGUGUGGCCCAACAAACGAGAUCAGAACCAAGAGUUUUAGACGGACCAGUUAGUAUAACAACCCAACCCAGAGGAUCUUCACGCAUACCCUUACCAGUUUCGACUGUAGAACAAAAUGCCAGAAUCGGAUCUACUUAUGUGCCUUUAACAGGUUACAGUUUUUUAGUAGACCUACCCUCGGUGCAUAUAGAACAAACUUUUGAAUUGAAUGACUCGCUCACAUCUGUAUCCUCGGAGAAUCGUUUUGUUGUCCGUUCACCUUUAGGCGAUGCCAUAUAUGCUGCUUCAGAAUAUUCGACCGAGAAAAAUCGUUUAAUUUGGGGCUCUGCUCGUCCCUUUCAAAUGCAUGUCAUCGAUAAAACCUAUCAGGAAGCAAUGGUAUUUCACAAGAAAUUAUCUUUAGGUUUUAUGUGUUGUCAACCGAAAAGUUUGGAGGUAUGGAUACCACCGGGUAAUAUAUUGGGACGUAUUGUACAAUCUCCCACAAUAACAGUGCCGGAGUUUUAUAUAGAGGAUGGUGCGACGAAUUCGCCCAUAUUUUGCAUCGAAGGUCCCUCAAAUUCUGGUUUCUGUUGUUUUUGUGUACCUAAAGAAACAUAUUUUAAAAUACACUCGGGUGGCGACUUAAGGGCAUCUAUUGAUCGCAAAUGGUUGGCAGGCAAAUCUCAAUAUACAACAAAUAUAUAUUAUAGUGAUUCCAAGUUAAACGCUAAAGAAAGAGCAUUAAUAUUGGGAGCAGCUUUUCUUUUGGAAUACAUGUAUUUCCAAACACGUUUCUGAGAUGAAAUCUAAUAGAUAAAAACAAUUUUUGUUAAGAUGGUGAAGGACGAUUUUAACUUUAAAUAAAAACAAAUGUACUGGGUUAAUAUGAAACAACCUGUUUUUUUCAAUAUUUUCUUUGACCCCGAAUUAGAAACAAAAAAACAAUUUUACACUUAGAAUAGAAUAUUUCUACAGAAUCCUUAAAUUUGCAAAUAAAAACCCAAGAAAUUUUUUUUUUAUAUAUUUUUAAAAUUUUUUUAUUUUAUUUUUUGUUUGUUAUUUCAAACAUUUUUCUUUUUCAAUUGUAUUUCUUUCUUCACAUACACAAAACAAUUACAA